UAAACCAAAUGGAUUUGUCUUUGUUUGUUCUUUUGAUUGCGCGGCCAUUACAGAAAUGAUAAUCAUUCUACCAACGAAAUCUAUUCUUUUGCAAACAAAACUAACUGAUCAUCUUUUAUUCGAUAAUAUGCAUCACAAUAUGUUGUCCGCCUAAAGUCUUGUUUCAUCCUUCGGUAUGCUCUUCUAGAUUUUAUUUCAUUCUAUAAUGUUUCAAAUUCUGGUCAAAUUUUCAUUGAAAAUUUAAAUAAUUUGGAAAUCAACAGACCUGGCUCUUGAGUGUCUGGAACACAGAAGGCAACGUCAUGAUUUUUUUCUUCCUUUUUUUUUUUUUUUUUUUUUUUUUGAGAUAUCUAUGGUUUUUGGUUGGACACAUCAUGCAUAAAAAUAGAACUAACUGCCUAUAUCGGAACGACAUGAUUUGAUUGUUGUUGCAUUAUCCUAAAAGUCCUGGGAGUGGGAAUAUUCUUGUUGGAGCAGAUCACCUAUUACUCUUUCCAUUGUCUCUUGGUUUUGUAUGUCAAGUUCUGUUGCUAAGAGGUGGAGAAGUCUUAGAGACAGAUUUUUUGGGGUGGUAUCAGUGAUGAGAAUGCAGUAUGGUCAUAGCCAUGUUGGGUAAAUGAUUGUGGCGGUUUGUUGCAAAUCACCUAACUUUUCUAUUUUGGUAUCCACUUUCUGGAUUUUUUUAAAUGAAUGGUCAUUUGAUUUCAUUGUUAGUUUUCAUAUAUUUGUUUUCAGUUUCGUUUUUGAUUAAAAAUAAAAAAUUGACAUUGUUGUUGGAUGAUAUUAUACGUUUUCAAAGAUAUGAAAACUCCAUUUGAUGAUUCUAUUUUUGUUGAAGGUUUGUUUAUUUAUAUGAUUGUUAAGUAUAAGUUAAUUCACGUAAUAGUAUUGAAUAAAUCAAGUUCAAAUAUAACAAUUAUUAAAAUUUCGAAAAAUGAGUAUGAAGUAAAUUAUAAGCCACAAUUAACUACAUUAAGAAAUAUGAUCAUCUUUAAAGUACAAAAGGCUCACAACAAAAACCUAAGGUUAAUUUAAAAAAAAAAAAAGAAAGGCUUGAAUUAAAAUUUUCAUGUACUGUAAACACUCUAUAAUAGUUAACAAAAUGCAAAAAUGGUUUCUUGCAGUAUUUUGAGGUAGAAAAAUUAUGAUAUUCACAGACAAGAAAUUUUCUCAGAAACUAUUAGCACAAAAUUUAUAGAAAAUAAAAUUCUUUCUGAAUCAAAGUCUUCUAAAAUACUAUAAAUAUUUAUUAUCUCCAUGCAACAAUGAAUUCACAUUACAGCAUUAAACAGAGAACUCAUAACAGGGGAGGGGGACCUAGAUUGCAGGAGGCUGGGAUGUGCAGAAGGAAGAGGGUUUUUUUUUUUUUUUUGGUCUUGAAGAACAGUUUACAGAUGUGAUGGAGAAUAAAUCUCAGUGGAUCUCGUGGAAGAGGUCAGGCAAUGCAGAGGGGAAGAAGAAGAAAAACCAGAUGGUGCUAGUUCUGUGAAAUGAAGCUGAAGAAAAAGAAAUGGGACUGAUGCUGUGAAGAUGAAGCCAUAAGAGAACGAGCAGUUCAAUUGUUAGAUAGAAAUUGGAAUGAAAGACAUAAGUGAACAUGGAAAAACUUUUUGGUGUUUCCGUGAUUUUCUUAAAAACUAAAAACAAUGUUGAUUUUCACAUGUUAAGACUAGAGAUGUAAAAUGAAAUUCUUUUUCCUGACAAAGGUUGAUUGUUUGGCUGAGCAGAGUUAACUUAGCAUGAUAGCAUCUGAAUGUUUUAAUUUGUAGUGCAGGGCUUCUGACAACAUGGUAUUUGAUGUUUCCCAUUUUCAACUUGGACUAUAUAUAUGGGUGACUUGAAUUCUCCAGUAGAUGCUGACACGAGAGACUUAUAUUUGUCGCCCAUGCAGUUAGUUCCACACAAUGUUUGAUUGUGCUGGUGGUUAUAAAUCAGAGUAUAUCAGCGGCCAGAGAGAGAAAUUUGUAAGGUUGGAUGAUUUGGAUUCUAGACUAUCAUUUUCAUCUGAUACUGGGGGAAUGAAGAGGUGUGGAUUUAGCAUAGAGGGACCGACUUCAGGCAGUCGUCUCAAGGAUAAUGCAUCAAAGUCAUUUAGGAUAGGAGUAAAAAGAGGAUCUGAAGGACUUAAGACAUUUGGCCGCUCACUAAGAACUGGAGUCAGUCAGGCAGUUUUCCCAGAAGAUCUUAAGGUGUCUCAGAAAAAGAUUUUUGAUCCUCAAGACAAGUCUCUCCUGUUUUGGAACAGGCUUUUGGUCAUAUCAUGUAUUGUUGGAGUAUCAGUGGAUCCUUUGUUUUUCUAUCUUCCCGUUUUCAAUCUUAACGAAAGUUGCCUUGGUAUAGAUACAAAGUUAGCAUACACAAUUACAACUUUGCGGACAACUAUAGAUGCUUUCUACCUUGUAAGAAUGGCUUUCCAGUUCCGAACAGCUUAUAUUGCACCAUCAUCUCGGGUUUUUGGACGAGGCGAGCUUGUGAUAGACCCUGCACAAAUAGCAACAAGAUACUUGCAGCGGUAUUUCCUCGUUGAUCUUCUAUCUGUGCUACCUUUACCACAGAUUGUAGUUUGGACAUUUAUUCAGCGAGGAGAAGGUUCACAUGUCUUGUCUACCAAACGGGCACUUAUGUUCAUUGUCUUUCUUCAAUAUAUUCCCAGGUUUUUCCGGUUUGUCCCAUUAACUUCAGAGCUCAAGAAGUCUGCAGGGGUCUUUGCUGAAACAGCUUGGGCAGGUGCUGCAUACUAUUUGUUGUGGUUCUUGCUUGCUAGUCAUAUACUCGGGGCUUUCUGGUACCUAUUUGCUGUGACUCGUAUCACUACAUGCUGGAAGAGAGCUUGUCUACAGAGUGGAAAAUGUCGUUUAGAUUACUUGUAUUGCCAAAACGUUAACAUGAAAGGUUUGACCAACUGGAAAAAUGUCGGAUGGAAAAUUCUCAAUUCAAAGUGCUCAUAUGAUGAACUAGAACCGGUAUUUGAUUAUGGCAUAUAUGGACAUGCUCUAUCAUCUGGUAUUGUGGCAAAUGAGGAGUUCUUCUCUAAAUACUGCUACUGUUUGUGGUGGGGUCUACAGAAUUUGAGUACGCUUGGUCAGGGGCUCGAAACUAGCACCUAUCCAGCAGAGGUUCUCUUUUCCAUAGCAAUUGCUAUAUUUGGUCUCAUCCUUUUUGCUCUCUUGAUUGGGAACAUGCAGACGUAUCUACAAUCUCUUACGGUUCGGCUUGAGGAGAUGAGAAUUAAAAGGCGCGACUCUGAACAGUGGAUGCAUCAUAGAUUGCUACCUCAGGAGCUUAGGGAAAGAGUUCGGCGCUAUGAUCAAUACAAGUGGCUGGAGACAAGAGGAGUAGAUGAGGAGAACCUGGUGAACAAUCUACCAAAGGAUCUUAGGAGAGAUAUCAAGCGCCAUCUCUGCUUGAAUUUGGUCAGAAGGGUUCCUCUAUUUGCAACUAUGGAUGAACAGUUGCUUGAUGCCAUCUGUGAACGACUGAAACCAAGUUUAUACACUGAAAAGACAUACGUACUUCGUGAAGGUGACCCAGUUGAUGAGAUGCUCUUCAUCAUCCGUGGUCGCCUAGAAAGCGUAACCACUGAUGGCGGGAGGAGUGGAUUCUUCAACCGGGGUUUCUUGCAAGAAGGAGAUUUUUGUGGGGAGGAGCUCCUAACUUGGGCGCUGGAUCCCAAAGCCGGUUCCAACUUACCACCAUCUACUCGUACUGUGAAGGCUUUGACUGAGGUCGAAGCUUUCGCUUUAAUAGCAGAUGAAGUGAAAUUCAUCACCAGUCAGUUCAGGCGGCUUCACAGCAGACAGGUCCAGCACACUUUCCGUUUCUACUCUCAGCAGUGGAGGACAUGGGCUGCCUCCUAUAUCCAAGCUGCAUGGCGCCGGUAUUCCAGAAGGAAAAUGGCAGAGCUUCGUCGCAGCGAGGAAAUGGAAGACGAAGAAAUAGAAGAUGAGGAAGUCCUAGAAGAAACCGAGUUAAUAGAGGAUUCUCCAUCCAGCUUUGGGGCAACCAUACUUGCUUCACGGUUUGCUGCGAAUGCUCUUCGAGGAGUUCAUCGGCUUCGCAGCUCGGCAAGUCGCCGGGGCGUCGUGAAACUGCUGAAGCCGUCGGAACCCGAUUUUGCUGCCGAUGCCGCAGAUUAACCAGCUGCCUUUUCCCAGUAGAUAGCGAUGAUAACAUUUGACUAAGAUUCCAGUUCCUGGUAGUGACUGCCUGUUCCAGCAGCCCCAGCUAAUGUACUUGCUUUGGCAUGCCAAUAUCUUGUAAAACCACUACUUCACUGUAUG